UUUGUAUAUAUGUAACUUUUAUACAUUUUUUUUCCAAUUUAUAUCCCUCACGAGGUGAGACAAAGCGAACGAAAUUUUCAUGAAAUUUAUUUUCUAAAUAAUUAUAAAAAUGCUUUUGCAUUUAUUGUAAGUACAAUAAGAAAUUAUAGUUAGCAGCACUGUUGCGAAAACAUACUCUUCCACACGUGUUUUGUUCGAUUCUGAAGUAUUGCAAGAAUGUCGAAACCAAUAACCUUCGUAACCGGAAAUGAAAAGAAACUGGAGGAAUUUGUGACUAUUCUGGGAAAGAAUUUUCCACGAGAAGUUAAAAACAUGAAGGUGGACCUUCCGGAAUAUCAAGGAGAGAUAGAAGAGAUUUGCGUUUCCAAAUGUCGAACAGCAGCAGAUAUAAUAAAAGGUCCUGUUAUUAUUGAAGACACAUGUUUAUGCUUCAAAGCAAUGAAAGGAUUGCCUGGACCUUAUAUCAAAUGGUUCUUAGAUAAAUUAGGACCAGAAGGAUUGUACCAAAUGCUCCAUGGUUGGGAAGACAAAACUGCGGAAGCGCUUUGCACUUUUGCCUAUUGCGCCGGAGAACCGGAAGAUCCGGUUUUAUUGUUUCAGGGUAGAACCGAUGGAACCAUCGUGAGUCCUCGAGGACCACGAGAUUUUGGUUGGGAUGCAUGUUUCCAGCCUUUGGGCAGUGAUAAAACCUAUGCAGAAUUACCGAAAGAAGUGAAGAAUCAAAUUUCACACCGUAGCGAAGCGCUAAAGAAACUAAAGGAACAUUUUAUGAAAGAGGUUCAACAUUAAAUCGAAAAAAAUUAUUGUUCCUGAAAGUAUAAUAUUCAUUUAAUUUUAUGUUUCCUAUAAGUAUUCAAAAUAUGUAUUUGCAAGCUAUUAGCAUUGAGAAAUAUAUUUUAAUUGUUUUUCA